AUGCCUUGCAAUCGAAGCUUCCAGUACGGUCUAUCUUCCAGAGAUUACCGGGGAGGCGGAAAGGAACCGCCUCGUUCCUUUGGACCCGAGUACUUCAGGGAACAUGGCUGUUUUCCCUCUUUGGAUUGGAGCAAUUUUGACCCUCCAUACCGUGGCAAAGGAUUUUUUGAAGUCGUGACGCGCGAUCUGCCACACCAUCCAUCACUGGGAGAUAGGUACUACUGUGGAGACUCAUGUUCACCACUAUUCAGGGCCAGCUAUUCCGGCGACAUACCCGAAAUCCGACCACGAACCGAAGAACUUAGCUUUUCGGAUUACAGCACCCCUACAGCGGGCGGCCGGCAGUUUUAUCUCCUUAAAAUGAUGCUCAAAGGUACCGGAGUGCAUCCGGUUUUGCCAAAGGGACGUGUGCCCGGUGGGAUAUCCGAACUCUAUGAAAAAUACCUAGACGACUCUCCAGUAGUCCCUGAAAUUCGCCCUUCUAACCACAGAGGAAAACGGCCUCUAUCACCGCCCUCUCGUGAUUCUUCUGCUUUCCAAGGGUCAUAUAGAAAGAAACUAUUUGCGCCUUCGAAUUCUCGACCAUUUACGUACUCGAUUGACUCUAGUUCCACCCGCCUCGGUCGCUCGUCUCCUCCGAGGACACCCCCAGAGUCUUAUCGAAGAUACCCACCUAACUCCCCUAGUUUCUCUAUAUCUGGUGGCUCUUCAAAGUCUCCAUCAAGGUCACCUUGUGGCUCUGGGUGCCGAUGUACACCUCCACCAGCUCCCCCUCCUAUUGCUUCCGCUAGGUCUCCCUCAAGGAGCCCUUCUACAUCUGCUUCGAACCGUUCUCCUCCAUUGAUCCAGAGUGAUCCAAUUUUGAGGCCGCCUCGUAAGACUCGAUCCGGUGCUAAAGCACCGGCGCGCCAGUCCCCCAUGCCAACGGUUGGUUCUCCACCGAAAGCAACACGUGGCACAUCAACCCAAACCUCCCCCAUCCUCAUGGAGCCCAGGAAGCACGUUCGCUUCGCAGAGCCAGCUCCUAGUACUGAAUCAUCCAAGCCUAAGCGCAAACAUGGUUCGCGCCGAAAGCCAUGGCACUUCUGGAUGGAUUGA